AUGGAUCCGACGGCUUUAUACGCGGACGACGCCGAAGAAGAUCUCGGCAGAUUAGAAUGCUGUCGUCCAAGAAGUGGCCUAUUCAGAUUGCUAGACAAUAGGUUUCUUCCACCACCUGUAAAAGUAAAAGGAACACUUGAUGACUUGGUUUUGGAUGAAGGAGGGCAAUUUCUUAAUCUUCCAGUCAAUUUAGCUCUGCGCUUAAGUGCUUCACUCAAAGAUUUCCUGCAAAGGCCCUACGAUUAUUCUUGUCCGACGGUAAAAUUGAGGCUAUCAAGUCGAACAUGCAAAACGUGUGGUCUUUAUCAUGCUUCCGUCAAGGCACUAAAUCGUCACAUCGAAAAUAUCCAUAAAAAAGUAAACACAGCACACUGA